UCCCCCAGGUGGAGGUGGAUUCAGGGGUGGAGUCUGUCCAGCUGCCCCUCAAAACCACACUUUACCUGCCUGAAGAUGCUAAAGUGGAGUGGAUGGAUAACAACAGCAAGGUCCAUGUGUAUGAGAACGGCUCUGACCAGCCUGAAGAACAGCACCAGGUUUUCAGAGACCGAACAAAGAUGAAUGAAAACCUGCUGAAAACUGGAGACCUCAGUCUGACCCUGAAACACCCCACAGACUGGGACAACUGGACCUACAGCUGCACCGUCUACAGCAGGGAGGGAAACAUCCUGCUGAAGGAACAAGUGGAGCUGAAAGUCAGAGUCUGUCAGGUGGAGGUGGAGGAGGGGGCGGAGUCUGUCCAGCUGCCCUUCAAAACCACAAAAAACCUGCCUGAAGAUGCUGAAGUGGAGUGGGUACGCUAUGAACCUGAAUACAGGAAGGUCCACGUGUAUAAAAACGGCUCUGACCAGCCUGGAGAACAGCACCAGGUUUACAAAGACCGAACGAAGAUGAAUGAAGACCUGCUGAAAACUGGAGACCUCAGUCUGACCCUGAAACACCCCACAGAUGGAGACAGUGGGAGAUAUGUGUGUGAAGCGAGGAGGAACGGACGGGUUAGAUAUAAAACUGUGUUGCUGAAAGUCAAAGGGAGAGUUCAGGUCCAGGAUCAAACAGGGGACAUCAGGAACAGAAGCAGCUCCAUUGAUCCGACUCCUCUGAUGGCUGAUCAAUCAGUUUGAUCUGUGUGUU